AUGGCCAAGGAUCAGAGCAUCCGCUGGUGGAUCCUCGUCUGCGGAACUCUGCAGGUCAUCAUACUCAACGCCAUGGUGGUCGUCAGCUGGACGAUCUCUUACGUCGGUUCCCCUUGCCACACUGGGUCUGCGCUCAGUCGACACUUGCAGGUUCCCAUUCCGACGUCUCUCCUUCUCUUCGUGGCUAUGGGUCUAGUUUUCUUCGGGUCUUUCCUGCAGACCUUCGCCGCUCUUCGCAUUCAUGGUGGACUCGCUGAUUGCAUCAUGAUGGUUGUGAGCCGACGGCAUUUCGUCGAGAUGAUCAUGGUUGUGCUUCAGGCGUUGGCGACAGUGAUAGCGAUCGUUGACCUCACUCAACGUUGGAAGUCUCUACGUGGCCGCCAGCUCAGCGGGGGUUUCUUUGAGCGAUGUUAUUAA